AGCCAAGACUCCUAAGCCAUCGUUUCGAAACGACCCGAACCGCAUCGGGCCGGGUCCAAUCACCCGACUUGUUGAUUGAUGCAUUUGGAGCACCGGAAUCCGCCGCCAUGGAGACCGAGAUUCCAGUGAGCUUCCCCUACGUCGGGAGGAACUUCGCCGACCUGAGCGGCGCCAGCCUCGACUCCUCCUCCUCCUCCUCCUCCGCCUUCAGCGACUGCAACAGCGACGGAUCCGGCGAGUUCCCCACCGCCUCCUCCCAGAGCCGCCGCCUCCUCAUCGCCUGCGCCUCCGACGACUCCGACGACCUCAUCCGCCAGCUCGUCGGCGACCUCGACUCCUGCAGCCUCGACGAGCAGAAGCAGGCCGCCCUCGAGAUCAGGCUCCUCGCCAAGAACAAGCCCGAGAACCGCGUCCGCAUCGCCCGAGCCGGCGCGAUCAAGCCUCUCAUCGCUCUCAUCUCGUCCUCCGAUUCUCAGGUGCAAGAGUACGGAGUCACGGCCAUUCUCAACCUCUCGCUCUGCGACGAGAACAAGGAGCUGAUCGCGGCGUCCGGGGCGAUAAAGCCGCUGGUGAAGGCCCUGAGGACGGGGACGCCGACGGCGAAGGAGAACGCGGCGUGCGCGCUGCUCCGCCUCUCGCAGAUCGACGAGAACAAAGUGGCGAUCGGGCGGUCCGGGGCGAUCCCGCCACUAGUGAGCCUCCUGGAGAGCGGGGGGUCGCGGGGGAAGAAGGACGCGUCGACGGCGCUCUACUCGCUUUGCUCGGCGAAGGAGAACAAGGUGAGGGCGGUGCAGGCCGGGGCGAUGAGGCCGCUGGUGGAGCUGAUGGCGGACCUGGGGUCGAGCAUGGUGGACAAGGCGGCGUACGUGGUGAGCACGCUGGUGGGGGUGGCGGAGGCGAGGGCGGCGCUGGUGGAUGAGGGGGGGAUACCCGUGCUGGUGGAGAUGGUGGAGGUGGGGACGCAGAGGCAGAAGGAGAUCGCGGUGGUGGUGCUGUGGCAGCUGUGCGAGGACAGCGUCAAGCACCGGACGAUGGUGGCUCGGGAAGGGGCGAUUCCGCCGCUCGUCGCGCUGUCGCAGUCCGGCACGAAUCGCGGAAAGCAAAAGGCGGAGACACUGAUACAGCUUCUACGGCAACCGAGAUCCGGCGACGCCGCUGCCAGAACAUCAGAGGUGUCAGACUGAGGGAGGGUGAUGUCCCCCCACCAACCGCCACAUGCCCACUGUAUCUAAUCCUUCCCCG